AUGAUACCUUCUGUUUCGAUUUGGCCCGAUAAUGAAGCCUUAGCCAAUGACUCAUGUAUACCAUUAUACAUUGGCUUAAAUUGCUUCGAUGAAAGUGACCAACUUCAUAUUCUAGAGCGUCAAAAACUCGGAACUUGUUCUAGAUGUCAUACGCCAGUUACAAAAAUCAGUGAAUCAUCGAAUGGGAAAAACAUAUGUCCGAUAUGCAAGAUGGAUUUAACACAAAUAUCACGUGAUCAAAAAGAAAAUAAAAAUUUUGCAAUAGAAAUUCCAGCGGGAAAUGAGUAUAGUUUUAAUGUUAUAUUCGUUAUAGAUGGUAGAGGUACUUCUGAUCAGUAUUUUCAUUCAUUAGCAUCAGCAUCAAACGCAAUAAACGUAGAAACGAUUCCACCAACUGCAAAAUGCGGAUUUUGCAUACUUUACAAGAAUAAUAUCUCAUUUAUCCAAUCACUAAACGGUACAGCAUUCUUUAUCGAUAUGCCGCUUCAAAUUAAUUUAUAUAAUGCUAUAACAAUUAACAAUAUUCUAAUAAAUGCGUCAGACUUAAGAACAGUAAUGGAAGCAGCUUUUACAGCUAAUAGCAGUUUCUCAAAUACUCCAAUCGAAGAGCCAGUUUUUUUCCAAAAUUUUUUCAAUGCCCCACCAAAAUGUUUCGUAAAACUAAUUACAUUUACGUCAACAUCAGUAGUACAGUGCGCUAAUACGAAUACUACUAUUGAUGUCAUAGGUUCCAAGCCGAAAUCUGAUGAUUCAGAUUCAAUUUGCAUAAGUGAUGAUAAAACAUCAAGUCAGAUGCAAAUACAAGAAUAUAUUAAGCGAGUUUUUACAGAACCAAUACAUUUUGAUGCAAAAAUUGAAAUAUUUUAUCUACCAACUAUCAGAACUAAUCCUUCUCAAAUUAAAUCAAGGUGUGUGAUGCCUGGAACACUAUUCUUUACUAAAGUAGAGUACCAAUGGGUCUCUUAUUCCUUCAGUUCAUUACCUUUUGUAGUUUUGAGUAGAUCUAUCGUUCACAAGAACAAUAAAUUUGUUCACAGGAUCAGAGUCUUCUCAGAAUCAUUCCCGAUUACUCAUUCCAACGUAAUUCUUCUUCAAUCGGUAAAUCCUGCAAUUAUUGCCGCUGUCAAGCUACAACAGUUACCAGGCGUUAUUAAGAUGAUGCUUGACUACUACAAUAAUAAAGUCAUACCGUAUAUGCCAGGUCCCCCUAGAAACGACAAUUAUUUUGAUUUAUUUCCAAAUUUGUCGUGGCUCAUAAGAUAUUAUAAGAAUAUGGACAGUUGGAUCACAAAUAAUCCAUUGAUAAUUCAACCAGACCUAAUUAGCUCGAUGUUCUUCCCCUGUGUCUCAUUUUGGAUGAAUGUCAACGAAAAAAUCGAAGAAAUGGCUUCAGAGUUCCUUUUUGGACAUCCUGCAGACUUGGAGCCAAUUGUUGUAAUAGAUAUGUACUAUAAAAUUCUGAUUUUUGCCGAUUGCGAACUUGAAAAAGAGUCAGUCUUAGUAAAAGAGAUGCAGAAACGCGCAAAAAGAAGAUUUCCUGUUCCAUCAAUCAAGAAAAGAGAAAGAUUAUCUGCAAAGAACUACUUCCCUUUGAAAAUGAAAUGGACUGAUGAGAAUUUCCAUUCUUAA